AUGUCUGAAGCUACGGAGCAGACUGCGCCUGUCGUGGACGAGACAGCCACGGCCUUCGAAGAGCCCCAAGUUUCCCCAGGGAAGCCGGCUGAGGAGAAGCCAGCCGAAGAGACUGCGACCCCAUCCGUCGAUACUCUCGGCCCCUCUGAUGCCCAGAAAGCUGCCGACCAAGCAGAGUCCACUACCAUUACCCCCCUCGUCGGCACACCCAGUGUGGGCACCCCCAACACCGACUACCUCAUCGCGAACGAUCAAGACCCCAACUCUAAGAAGGUUACAAUUGCCGACUUAUCAGCAAAGGGAUCUGCCCUGUAUGCCCACAAGAACUACGAGGAGGCCGCUGAGGUCUUCUCACGUGCCAGUGUUCUUCAAGCCGAAGUCAACGGCGAGACGUCACCUGAUAAUGCCGAGAUCCUUUUUCACUAUGGUCGCAGCUUAUUCAGAGUUGGCCAAAGCAAGAGUGAUGUUUUAGGAGGCCCUGCCGCUUCCGAGAAGAAGAAGAAGAGCGCAGAGAGCAAGUCCAAGAAGCCUGCGCAGCCUGAGGCACAGAAGGUGACGCAAGAAGGACUUGGGAUUGUUGCCGAGCAGGGAGAAAAGAAGACCGAGGACAUCAAGGGAGAUAAGAAGCCCCUGUUCCAGUUUACUGGCGAUGAGAACUUUGACGAGUCAGACGAGGAAGAGGCCGAGGGCGAGGGUGAAGAAGAGGAAGAUGAUGAUGACCUGGCCACCGCUUUUGAGAUCCUCGACCUUGCCCGAGUCUGCUUCAUGAAGAAACUCGAGCUUCUCGAACAGGAGGAAUCCGAAACCAUCGGCAAAGGCAAGGAGGCUGCAGAGGGCGAUUCGCCUACCGUCCGGCACGUGAAGGAGCGUCUUGCGGACACUCACGAUGCCCUCGCUGAGAUUUCUCUCGAGAAUGAACGAUAUCCCAACGCCAUUGAAGACGGCAGGACCUCACUCAAAUAUAAGCUGGAGCUGUACCCCGAGGAGUCGGAGGUCAUUGCCGAAGCCCACUUCAAGCUUUCGCUGGCGUUGGAAUUUGCUUCUGUGACAACUGCUGGUGACGAUGGCGCAAAUUCCAAGCGAGAGGAGAUGGACCAAGGUCUGCGAGAUGAAGCCGUCAAGGAAAUGGAGCUCGCUAUCAAGAGCUCAAAGCUCAAGCUUCAGAAUAAGGAGGUUGAGCUGGCCACUAUGGCCUCACCCGAGGAUAACGAGCUGGCACGCAAAUCCAUCCAGGAGAUGAAGGAAGUCAUUGGGGACAUGGAGCAGCGACUCGUCGAACUGCGCAAUGACCCCAUUGACGCCAAGGAUAUUCUGGGUGCUGAUGCUGGACCCAUCGGUGGCAUUCUUGGUGCUGCCCUUGGCGAGUCUGCUGCAGAGACUAAGGCCCGUGUUGAUGAGGCCAAGAAGACAGCAACUGAUCUUAGUGGACUUGUCCGCAAGAAGAACAAAGACGAAUCUGCCGGGGAACCUGAAGCUGCACGCGGGCCUGAAGCGGAGACCAACGGCAAGCGAAAGGCAGAAGAGCCUGCUGAAGAUACCGAGACCAAGAAGGCCAAGGUGGAAGCUUAG